UAGUAUAUCGCCCUGGUCAAUAAUGUAUUUACUAAAAUCUGCAUGAUCGACUUUAUAGUAAAUUUAUUACAUAUUUACAUAGGAACAGUCCGACAACUGUAUUAAAACAAAAUUACAGGUGCUUUCAGUGAGGAUUUGAUCUUAUCACAGCGAACUGCGAGAAGGUGGUGGAAGCCAUCCUCUAAAAGAAGAUCCUCUUGCAAUGCAAGUUAAAGAAAUAAUUGGCAACACAGUUGAGUCAAUGGAGAAUGCUUACGACGACGACGCACUGUCAGGUGACGGGAAGCUUUGAAGGAAUUUAUGAGGAGAUUCAAAUUGACGAAACAUCCAUUGUUCAACCAACAAUCGAAGAAUCUGAGGCACUGAACAUCCUCGAUUCGGAGGAGUGGUCCCACCGGAAUUCAGCAAUUCUGAAGACAAAGAAAAGUCCUGCGUUGCAGAGACAAGCAUCAGCAGCUACUGCUGCACAAAGGGAGCAGGUUAUCUUGGACAAGAUUGUGCUUGGGCGAAAAAUAAAGAAGACGAGCAACCAAAGAUUUAAAAAACGCUCUGAGGAGUUUGAAGCCCUAAUCUAAGCAAAAUUAGAAUACAUCAACGUAUUGAAAAGAGAAGCUGAGGAAAAAUCUAAAAUGGAGAAGGAGGUUUUAAAAAAUACUCUAAUUGAGGUGUCUCAAAACGUGAAUAUUUGAAGAAAUGGAGGGAUAAAAAAUAUCGAUUUCAUGAAAAUAAUUAAAAUAUCAAUUUAGAAGUUUUAUAUUCGUGUUUAUUGCAAAAAAUCCUAUCGUAAUCCAUAUUAUCUUAUUAUGAAAAUUAAAAUAAGAAAGUAAGUCAUUUUG